CACACGCACACGGCGUGGAUACGUGUCCGACGCACGCAGAAUCCAGAUCUUAAUUAUUCUUCCAACCAACUUCACACGGGAGAAGAGGAUCGAAAGAGAGAACUAGGAGAAAAAUGGCAUUGCAAUGGCUGAUUCUGUCGUAUGUGGUGGCCGCAGAGGUUGCCAUCGCCGUCAUAUUGACACUCCCUUACCCAAUGCUCCUGAAGAAACGCAUCGUGUCACUUGUCUCGCUCAUACUCAAGCCUGCCGCUUCCAUCGUCGCCUUCGCUGGAUUUCAACUCCUCGAUAUUUACUGGAAGAAUGAGCAUAGACUAAUGUGCUCAUCUGAGGUCUGCACUGCUACAGAGCGGGAUCGCUACGAGAAAUCCAUCUACAAGGCUCAGCGGAAUGUGGUUCUGUGUGCGGCUGGGAUCCUUCUCUACUGGUGCAUUUUCCGCAUCUGCAAGUACAACAAAGACCUUGAGCAUUUGGAGGAAUUAGAGAAGAAACACAAGGCAGAGUAGUAAUCUCCUCGAGUCUCUUGAGUGUGGUUCUUCUGCUUUAAUACCACCUCGGCUUGUGAGUACUGAGUAGUCCAAAAACUGAACGAGACCAUGAUUUUUUCCUCGAUAUAUCUUUGCACAGACCUUAAUUUGUGUUUAUUACUCUUGCGACCUUGAUUUACUUUUCUAGGAACAACAACAGGCUCUAUUUAUUUCAUGGCCCGGAAUUCUCAUUUACAGAUUAGUUGUUACCAAAAACCCACUCCUCACAAAAUCUGUGGAUUGAGUUGGGACAACCCUGCAAUAGCCGACCCGGGCUGGAUUUUCUAGGCUUUGGUGGUCCGGUACGGUUUUGUAGACCAAUCUCCCCGGUUCACGACUUGUCAAAUCUUUCACUAGUUUUUACAUAUCUGGCACCUAACUGCAUACUGGUCUUGCUUGAAUCGGACUAAGCCAGUCUGGAACACUAAAUUUAGACCGGUCUAAAGGGCUGGACCAUAACACUCUCUUGUUCUGUAACCACAAGUACAACACAUGUUGAC